AUGGUCCAAAAUCGACAAAAGCCGCAGGACCUGCAAGUCCCUCUACCCACAUUUCCCCUAUCAUCACCAAUUAGCGAAGAAAUCGAGAGUCCAUCCUGUUCAUCCGCCGAGGACCGAGAUCUAGAACGAACACGUCCCUUCGACUUCCUUGUGAAAGCAACGAGGCAGAAGGUUGAGAGCAGACAGGCUCGUGAGGGCCGACAACCGAGUGUUUCUCAUAGAGAUCGACAUGGAGACGGACUGGGUUCUAGAUUGAGCAUCCGGGGUAUCACGAGGAAGCGGAAGAAUGCCGCGAAACCGGUUGGCUUGAAUCUGGUGACGGAUUUCUCGCUCGCGGCACCACCGAAGAAAAAGAGCCAAGACGGACCUGUUUCAUUUGUUGAUUUGAAUGACUUGAAGAUGCUUUCGAAGGCGAGGGAGGAGGAGCGGACGACAGAGAAGACGCAAGCGCAGGCGCAGGUGCAGCGGCCGCUACGAAGCAACAACCCAUUCAUGAAAGACACAUCGCGGUCUCAGCAAGUACCCGAGACACAGCGAGAAUCACCAAUCAAAAAAAAUCCCUUCCUCGACCCCAACCUGCAAGAUCCCUUCAGCGACAGAUACGACGAUGGCAUUUCACCCUCAGACCGACAUGUCAUGAUCGGACUGACAGUGCCUCGAAACGACUCUUUGGAUCGAACCAGGGAGCGCGAGAGUGCAGGAGACCAACAUACCCCUUUGACACCCUCGAUAAUAGUCACACCUGCCCGCGAGGAAGCACCGUGGUCGACAUCCAGCCCAGAAACCCAUCGUCCCCGCGCAACAUCCAGCGUAUACUCCCAACCAACUCCUCAAUUCUGGCAAGAUGGAUCGGAUAUCCCACCUGUCCCGGCCAUCCCAGACGCACAUAGGAAGGCCGUUAACUCCGACUUCCUCAGUGCGCACUUCAACGCUAUGACAAAAAAGCGUCGCUCCAUGUCGGCCGAUACGAUCUUCGAAGAUAAUAGUCCGGAAGAGCCGCCCAGACAUUCCCAGGUGUCCAUCGACGACAACGAUCAGGCCCCCUUGGCUAGCCGACUAAGUGUCAACACAGAGGGCAGUCGUCGGCAGUCACAGGGAUGGUGGACAUAUAUUUUAUCUCCACUCCUGGGGAAAAGGUCGCCUAUUAGCCCAAGCUUCCCACUCGGUGGAUCGACCUCUGCGUCAUCAUCGAAGGGGACGAGAGAAUGGUGGGAGGAGAAGGAAAUCUCACAUUUCUCGCCAGACACACCCCAGACCGCAGUCAUUAACUGGGAUGAAGGAAUCAAGAAUCUCGAACAGUCUCGCUCAUUGGAGGCGGACGAAAAGACGAUCGUCUCCAAGCGGCAAACCAUAAUGUCGAUGAUGUUCCCAGGUGGGAAAGUCCAGGGUGAAGCCGCAGAAUACUACCAAGCCUGUGCGCAUGAGCUGUUUAGCAAGACACCCUAUUUUGAAUGUUUCAACCAUAUCUGCUCGAUUACACCACCAGACAAAAUCCCUGCACCGAUCGAUGAUUGUCCGGGGGAAACGAGAGAUCGGGCAUUGAUCUUCGCUGAAGGAAAUGCAUCAACUGCGCAGACUGAAGAUAAGAAGGAUCAUGCUGUUGCUACCUCAGAAAUUGCAGCAAAGGGCCUUUUGAUCGACAUCGAUUCUCCGAAAGUCACCAACGAUCAGAAGCACAUCAAGGAAAUACCAUCCCCCGCAUCAAGUUCUAGCUCGGAUUCCUGGGACUCUUCUCUCGCUAGCCCCCGUGAGAAAGAUCUUCCAGAUCCGCCGCAGGAUGCUACCAGGGGCGUUACUUUUGAACCUGUGCCACAGCCACCGGUUCAUGCUCCAGCACCGCAAGAGCCCAUGCAGCCGCCUAUUCCCGAACCUACACCGACUCCCAUGCCCCCAGCUCCUCAAGAGAUCCCGCAUCAGCCCCAAGCUCAACCUCCGCAGAUUAUCCAUAACUACUAUGGUGCCCCGCAAGAGCCGAUUCCUGCUUCGCGGCCUGAGCCAGUGGAGCAGCCAGUUCCUCGCUAUGUUCCGAUAUUCCCUCCGAAUCAUGAGAUGCCACCACCAGUGCCACAAACACAGCCUUCGGAGUGGCCUAAAGCACCUACAGCCACGGAAAGGGGACUGGAUCCGGAUGUGCCACAGAGCCAUGCCGAGCAACAACCACACCACACGAACGAGCCCAUUUCUCCCGGAUUCCAACGCGCAGCAGCAGGACCGGGUGCUAUUCAGCUCUCUGAGGUGCACCCAGGACCUCAUAAUGAAGCCGAGCACGACAUCAAUGCACCUGCGCCGGCCUAUACCCAGUAUCCCAGAGAAUUUCCUCGAGAGACACCUCUGCCCCCACGUUAUGAUCUACAUCCUGCCCCAGGCGCAGUAAUCAUGGACCCCACUGGACCAGCUGGUCCAAUGGAGGCUAGACGUCGCAGGCUCGAGCGUGAGGACGCAGCUGGCAGAAAAGUUGGUGGGCUCUGGCGUGGACGCGGAUGCUUCAGCAACAAAGGCUGCUUUGGACGACCGGGACGAGAAGGCCGACUCCGCAGACGGUGGUACCUGUUUAUCUGCACCCUCUUCCUGAUCAUCAUAAUAGUAGCCAUUGUGCUAGCGACAACUUUGACAAGAGAAGGCAACACGACCCCAGUGCAAUCCAACUGGCUCAAUCUGACAGGAUACCCACCUGUGCCAACCGGAAUUGCCACCAUUGCAGGCACAGAGGCACAAAACACAAAGUCGACGUGUAUCAAGCCGUCCUCACUUUGGAGCUGUGCUCUUCCAAAGGACGAGCAGUCUGACAACAAGCCCUAUGCCGGCAACGAGCCCACUUUCCGUGUCCAGAUCCUGUUCCGCAAUGGAUCCUAUGAUAACAGCACCGCGGUGAGCAGUUCGAGCAAGACUCGCCGAGACAACAUCAACUGGAAUGCGUCACCUGCCACACCAGACCUCUCGGAGCAAGUCUUCCUAGGUAAUACUACAGACGGGAACUCCGAACCCUAUGCCGGCGAAGAAACACCAUUCUACAUGACCAUCCUGUCACCUGUGCAUCUCUCCUCAACAAACGUAUUCCGCCGGAGCACAUCAAACAGCAGCAACAGCUUUCCAAACCUGACGACCGUCAUCCCUGCACCCUCAGAGAAUUCAGACGGCACAGCAUCCGCCGCAACCCUCUACCCACUCCCGGAAUCCCAACCAGUCCGCCUCUACAACCGAAACCAAGACAACGAGCACUACGGAUUCUACACCUACUUCGACAAGUCAAUCUUCCUAGCCUCGGACUCCGCUCUAAACGGCGGCACAAAAGACAAUAACGAAAAAGACAAAAACGGCGGAAGCACAAAAUCCGACGCCCGAGUCCGCUGCACCUGGUCUCAAACCCGCUUCCUUGUGCAAAUCUGGACAAAGCCCAGCCGCAUCGGACGAACAUUGCUUUCCUCUGGCUCAAACGGAAGCAGUAGUACAAGUGCGGCUUCAACGCCGACAUCCACAUCAUCAACGUCGACUUCUUCGUCUUCCGCGGCGGAUUAUGCGCGGCCCGGCUCCUUCCCGUACCCGGUCACGAUAUCGCUUGAUCGGCAUGGUGGGACCGAGAAGAAGAAGCUUGUUUAUUGCUAUGGCGUCGGGGAUGAUGGGCACUAUAAUAUCACGAAUAAGAAGUUGCAGGUCGAGGAUCGUGGGAUUGGGGGGACACUGGUUAAUCCUGCUUCUGGGAUCUUUGAUGAUGUGGAUAAGAGUGCCAGUGAGAAUUCGACCUAUGGGGGAAUCGAUGGUGGGACUGGGGGCUGUGGGUGUCAGUGGGUGAACUGGAUUUCUACUUCGUAG